AUGUCGGAUGAUGAGGUGAAGAACGUCGAAACCGACGAGAAUCAAGAGAAAACCACCAGGAACGAGGAGGAUGAUCUCAAAGAAGAAGGUCGUCGCUUCCAGGGAGCUGUCAAUGAUCCGAGUCUUCGAGUCCACGGAAUGUCUUAUACUGCUCUUUCGAAGAUUCUAGAGCGUGUAGAGGAAGUUCCAGCUCCAUUCGUCAAGGGGCUCGUUAAGAUGAGUGUCAGCAGCUCGAUUCGCUUGUAUGGACAGCCGAAAUCGUUUCAGCACGUCCACCGUCUCCUUCGCGUCCUUGCCAUGCGUGAUUACAGUACCACCCUGAAGACCCUCCUCCAAACCAUUCAAUCUGCUCUCCCACUGGCUUCCAACCUCUCCGAGUCCAAAUCUUUAUCUCAAGUCCCUACUGCCAAAUGGCUUGUGGACAUUUUGGCUUCUGGAACAGCCGAAAUCCUUCAAGAAAAUUCCCUAGAAAUCGUUGGAGCCCUUGGAACUAUCUCCUACUGGAUGAGUGGAAGCGAUAAGGCUUGGAAGAUCUUCACCAAGAAAUUCGCAAGGAUUCUAACCCAAUUAUUGCCGAUUCUAGAGUCUAAAAUUGUCGAAUUCUCUAAGGAAAACCCAGAAAAGGCGUUGGCCCUCAUUGCGGCAAUGGGAACAUCCUCAACAUCCUCAAAAUCUGAAGCUCUCCUUCAAAAUUUCACUGAUCUACUAUCUAAAACUUUUUUGCUGGCUAAACUCCGCCCACCACAAUUCCUAGUGGAUCGCUCUUCAAAAAUCGUCAAAUUCCUUCAAGAAAAGCCACAUUUCACCGAGAAUCUUCUCCCCAACAUCAAAAAAGCCCUCCUGCGUUCCCCUGAAAUCUCCAUCUUCGGAAUUCAGGGAAUCAUUGAAAACGUGGAUUUCCCUCUGGACGCUUGUGCACAAGAUUUGCUCAAAUCUACAGUAUCCGCUCUCUCCAACGCGGACUCUGGCAUCAGAGAAGCGGCAAUUGGAGUGGCAGUGGCGUUGACGAGAAAAUCUGGGCUCCCGGUGAUUCAGAAGAUUCUGAAUACCCUUUUCGAUCAAUUCUCUGCUGCCAAGGCUCCAGAAGUGAAGAUUUCAUUGAUGGAGGGAAUUGGAAGAGUUGCUGGAACUGUCGAGCUGGCUGAAAUCGAUAAACUGUGUGAUGAGGUUCUGGGAAAGACGGCGAAGGCUGAUAAGGAGUCCCACGACGGAACUAUUGAGUCUCAAUGGAAUGCUGCUGUCGAGUGGGCAGUUCGUCUCUCGAAACCAUCCGCAGCACUGACAACCGCAUUCAAAGAGGCAUCAAAAUUACAGCCAGCAGUGAAAUAUAUUGCCUAUAGAGCUCUGGCUGAUAUCAUAGAGAGAAGAUCCAUGACAAGUCUGCCAGAGGGAAUAGAUGCGAAACCACUGCUGGCCGAACUCGAAACAGGACCCAAAGGAGAGCUCUGCUCUAUUGGAUUGGCUCUGUUGAUGCUGAGAACCGCCAAGAAGGGAUCCAUCGAUCACACGAAGGCGUGGAGUAGAGCGUCUCAUGCUGAUGCUCUUUACAAGGAAAAACCACUCUCCCAAACCAAAUGGCAAGAAGCUGUCGCCUGGACCAAGCUCGUGGAAAUCGUGAUCCUUGAUCGUCCAGUCAUCGACAAGACAGCCGCUCCGAACUUCUCUCAACCCGCUCUCAAGUCCCUCUCCCUUUUGGUAUUCUGGCCAGAUUGGAGAGUCAGACGACAGGCGUCGAAGAGUCUUCUGAACAUUCUGAAUAUCGAGAAGGCGUUAUUCGCAGAAGCCCUAGCUGAUUUGAUCUUCUUGGAGACGACGAAUGGAACGAUUGAUCAGUUGUUGAGACGAGUUCCAGGCUGUCCAACACCAACCGACUCUUGGCAGGUACCUGGAGAAUGGUACGUGUCCACUCUGAAACAUCUUCUGACCCCGAAAGAACCGGAACUGGACAAGCUGGCCAUCCACACCCUUCUCCUUGCUUCUAUCCAGCGAUUGGUCGAGGUUGAUGGAUCCGUUUGGUUGCGAUGGGUCCACGAGCAUCGGGAAUCCAAGACAUGGCAAGCCAGUGAGCUAUUCCGGGAGACUGCGAUUCAGAGGGUCCUCCAGUGCAAGGAUCGUGGAGUUAGAAACACCGCUUUGAUCACCCUGGUGGCCCUGCACGACGAACGCCUUCGUCAGGAACUCUGGAAGCACGUGGAGGCGAACAUUCGAGAGUUGGAAGUCAAGGAUUACGGUAGAAUCACGGAGAACGAGAUGGCGAUUUACAAGUGUCCAGAAGGGCAGCUCUACAAUACGAGAGUCCUGGAUUUCGAUGAAGCCGCUGGAAUCAAGGGCACCAAAGGAACGAGUAUCGAGGAUCAGCUCGCUGAGAUUCAAUUGAUUCGAGAACUUGCUGAAAAGCGACGAAAAGAAGGAAAACUGUCAGCUAAGCAGAAGCAAGUGAUGGAUAAGGAGUUGGCUGCAGAGAAGGAGACUCGAGAUGCUAUUAAAGGAUUGUUCGAGACAGCUGAAGCCAAAUUGAACGAAGCUAGAGCUAUGGUCAUGGCCGAUGCUGCUGGAGCGUUCGCGAGAUCCGACCUCCUGUUCGACUACUGUAUGCCUCUGACUCGCUCGCUUCUCGUUGCCGAACAAGCCGCCUGUCUAUUCCUCGCCUAUCGUGACGCCUGUUUCGAGCAUUCCGAUGAUUAUUUGGGUGAGCGUUUUCAAAAGCCUUUUUGCCAUUGA